CUUAUUGACAGGUGUAGUGUCGGGACGUCGUUGGAUAUUACCGCUGCACGGAGGAAAAACUAAUUAAUCUGGUUUAGUUACAAUAUUAACGUUAAGAGUUGAACCGGAGAUGACAGAAGAACUUGAACACAUUCUGUCACAGCUGACUCAGCCCGACAAUGCAGUCAUUCAGCAGGCCACAGCCCAGCUGAAACAGGCUUUUAAAAACCCGGGGAUUAUACCAGCUCUGUGUGCUGUGAUGAGCGGCUCACAAAACCCGCAGAACCGUCAGUCGGCUGCAGUGAUGCUGAGGUUAAGAGUGAAGAAACACUGGAAGAAGAUCAGCCCCAACGACAGAGAGAGCCUCAAGGUGGUGGUGUUGCAGGCCUUCAUGCAGGAAACAGAGCACACAGUGCAGCACUCCCUCUCCCAGCUGUGUGCUGUGAUGGUAAAGCAUGAGACACCGGACAGCUGGCCUGCUCUACUUCAGCUGCUCAAUCAAUCCACCAAAAGCAGCAACCCUAAUGAUAGACAGAUUGGUCUUCUGCUGCUGAAUAAAGUGAUUGAGUCCAACCCCGAGCCUUUCAAGCCUCACUACUGCCAGCUGCUCCAGCUGUUCAGCACUGUACUACAGGACCACAACAACCCAACAGCCUUGUACUACUGCAUCCUCUCCCUCACAGCAAUCACUGCAUACACUGGCACAGAAGAGAUGAGCCAGAUGCGAUCUAUCAUUCCAAGUGUGAUUGUUGCUUUGAAACAUCUAAUCAAGGCAGAUCAGGACAAAGCUAGUGAGGCCAUGGAAGUGUUUAAUGAGCUCAUGGAGAGUGAGGUCUCCAUUAUUGUCCCUCAUAUUGCUGAUAUGGUCCACUUCUGUUUGGAGGCUGGUGGUGACGUCGCUCUGAACGACUCCUUGCGUGUGAAAGCACUCUCUUGCAUCAUCUUUCUGAUCAAGCUGAAGAGCAAGACGGUGAUGAAGCAGAAGCUGCUGAAUCCCAUCCUGCAGGCCAUUUUCCCUGUGCUGGUUGCGGCCCCCCCGCCUGGUGAGCAGGAUCCAGAUGAUGAGGAGGAUGAGAGUGGAGAUGGCACAGACAAUGACAAUCCCAAACACUGUGCUGCUCAGAUAAUCGACACCAUGGCCCUCCAUAUGCCUCCUGAAAAACUUUUUCAACAACUGAUGCCAUUCACUCAUGCCUGCCUUGCCAGUGAUGAUCCCUACCAGAAGAAGGGCGGUCUCCUGUGUCUUGCUGUACUGGCUGAAGGAUGUGCUGACUACAUACGUACCAAGAUGCUGUCAUCAGUGCUGCAGACGGUCUGCCAGAGUCUUUCUGAUAGUAAUCAGGUGGUACGCAGUGCCAGCCUUUUUGCCCUUGGACAGUUCUCUGAACAUUUACAGCCUGAAGUCAGCAAGUACUGUGCAGAGUUGAUGCCUUUGCUGCUGGGCUACCUGUCAUCCUUGAACCAGGCCAAUGUCGGCCAUGUUACCAAGGCUUUUUAUGCCUUAGAGAACUUUAUGGAGAACCUGGGAUCUGAUAUUGAGCCUUACCUGCCCACCCUGAUGGAAACUAUGUUGUCUGCCCUCAACAACACGGACAACCUCAAAAUAAAAGAGCUUGCUGUGUCUGCCAUAGGUGCCAUUGCCAGUGCUGCAAAGGAGCUUCUGGUUCCCUACUUUCCACCAGUUAUUGAAAGCCUGAAGGGCUUCUUGACAACCACAACAGAGGAGAUGAGGUCGCUGCAGACUCAGUCCUUGGAUACUCUCUCAGUGCUAGCCCGUACCAUCGGUAAAGAUGUAUUCAGUCCUCUUGCUGCAGAGUGUGUUCAGCUGGGCCUUAACCUCACUGACACCAUUGAUGAUCCUGACUUGAGGCGUUGCACGUACACUCUGUACUCUGCUGUAUCCACAGUUAGUCCAGAGUGCCUGACUCCUCACCUCACUGCCAUUACAACAGUUAUGCUGCUCGCCCUCAAGUCCAAUGAAGGGAUAACGGCACACCUUGAGGAAGACAAGACAUUUGUCCUGCUGGAUGAAGAUGACGAUGAUGACCAUGAAGAGAAAGCUGAUGAUCAAAUUCUGGAGGAGGAACCUGAGACAGAUGUUCAUGAUGUUGCAGGGUUCAGUGUAGAAAACGCCUACAUCGAUGAGAAGGAAGAUGCCUGUGAGGCACUGGGAGAGAUUGCCUUCAGCACUGGUGCUGCCUUCCAGCCCUUCCUGGAGUCCAGCUUCCAGCAGGUUUACGAGUUGAGAGAUUUUCCCCAUGAGGACGUCCGCAGGUCAGCCUUUGGAGCCAUGGGCCAGUUUUGCCGAUCUCAGUGCAUAGUUUGGAGGGAGAAUCCCACUGAGGCCAACCACCAGGCCCUACUGAAGUUGCUGGAUGUGGUGCUUCCUUGCUUUGUGGAAGCUGUGCGAACAGAGCCCGAGCGCCAAGUCGUAAUGGGCGUGUUGGAAACCUUGAACAAUGUCGUCAAAACUUGCAAAGAAGAGGUUUUCAAAAACCCUUCACGCCUUAAACAGAUCAGCCAUGUCAUCCGUGAUGUCCUUAAGAAAAAGACUGUUUGUCAGGAUGGUGGUGGUGAUGAAGCUGAAGAUGAAGACCAACAGGCAGAGUAUGAUGCCAUGCUCCAAGAGUUUGCUGGGGAGGGAAUUCCCCUUGUGGCUUCUUCCGUACCUGCAGACAGCUUUGCCCCUUUCCUGAACGACCUGCUUCCUCUCAUCAUGAGCAAAGCUAAACCUACAUGCACAGUGGCAGACCGGUCCUUCUCUUUGGGUACGAUUGGCGAAGUCCUGCAGGCCCUGGUGAGUGUGUCCGGGGGCCGGGGAGUGGCAGGCAGACUGUCCACUCGUAUGCUCCCUGUGCUCGUAGCCGGAGUAAGGGACAGUGACCCUGAAGUUCGCAACAACAGCGUAUUUGGACUGGGAUGUCUGGCUCAGGCCGCUGGAUCCAUCGUUGUAUCAGACUAUCCCAUGAUGCUGUCUGUGUUUUCUAACAUGCUCUCCAAAGAGUCAGACCUCAGGGUGAUUGACAACCUGUGUGGUGCGCUCUGCAGGAUGAUCAUGAGCAACGUGGAAGCCGUCCCUCUUGAGCAGGUAAUUCCUGCUCUGGUGGAUAAUCUGCCCCUUAAAGAAGACAUGGAGGAAAACAAGACUGUGUUCAGCUGUCUGGCUAUGCUCUACACACACAGUCCUGCCCUGGUUGUGAAGGUUAUGAAGCCCAUAGUGGCUUCUUCCCCUCAUGUCCUCGGCAACAAGAAAGUUGAUGAAGACUCCCAGAACAUUUUGGCCAUGCUGAUGAAAAAAUUUGCUCAGCACCACUCUGCCGACUUCCAAGCAGCUAUGACCUCACUUCCUCGAGACCAGCAGGCCAAAAUAAGUGCAACCAUCUCUGGCUCGUAGCCCUCGCACAUCCUUCCACUCUCUAAAGCCAGGAAGAAAUGUUAGAUUUUAUACUGUAGGUGGAAAAUGGGACAGUUUAUGGAGACCUUUCCUGAAAUUGAUCUAAAAACAGCACUUCAACCAAUCUAAUAUAGUUAUUAUCAAAUUUGGACGUUCAGCCUCUGAGUGUUAAUUUUUAAUUUAUUUGCUAACAUGCAUGAAAUGUUGAAGUUUUAUUAUUUUAAGAGUUACGUUUUACCAUCCUUUGUUGUCAGCAUUGUGUUCAGUUUCUGUUAUUCCUCUAGUGUGCUCAUGUGAAUUGUUACUGUCUCCCUUUUUCCACUGUUUGUUCAGAUGUAUGGCUUUAUUGUAUGAGUGUGAAGCAAUAAAUUUAUCUCCAGAUGAAAGUCA